AACAAAAUAAAAAAUGUAUUAAGGUAUUACAGUGAAGAUUUAAAGCCUCAAGUAGCUCAGUGUGAUAAUAUUCAAGACAUUUUGGAUUUGGUUAGGAGAAAUUGUUCACUAGAUGAUAUAGAAAUGCUGAAGGCUAUUGUUAAUGAGCUCAAUAUAGAAAGUGCUAAGGGAGUUAUUCAGGAAUAUAGUGAUGCUAUAGAGGAGUUUAGCAAAACAGAAGUUAGAAAUUGCUUACACGAUAGGUUUUCAUAUGCUUCACCACUUCAAUGUGAAAGAAUUACCAUUGUCGUUGAUCGAAAUACUGAUGAUUGCACACUGGAUGAUGUCAGGAUAUUAUCAGCUAAUAUAUUUCACAAAUUAUCUCCACAAAGUAGCAGGCAUAUCAAGUUGAAUGUCAUCAGAGAUGGCAAUUCCUUCACUAUCACUUGCACCUUUCCUUUGAUUUUAUCUGAGAAGUUAAUAGCAGCUGUUCCAAGUAAUGAUGAAUUGGAAAAAAAACAAGUACUGAGAUUAACUAUUGGCUUCUAUACUGCAUAUGAAGCAAAUAAAACCAUUGCUCCUUCCACUUCUACUGCAAUAGAUUCAGAUGAAAAUCAACAAACCUCACCAACUAGUAGUGGUUUAUUUCAACAAUUGAUGCUGUCAUUGAGUAUACAACUGAUUAAUAGCACAGAGAAGGAAUUAAUGAAUAAAAUUCCAAAUUUCAGGACAAUGGAAAAUGAAAUUUUAAGGCAAAAGUCAGAUGAGACUGGGCAAUUCCAACUAGAUGAGGCAUCAAAUGUAGCAGAUAAAAUACAACCAACUAAGCUGCUGCCUUUGGUUUCAUCUACAGAAGAAGUUUUAGUUUUUACUGCUGAACCAGAAGCAGCAAGUGCAGUGAAUUUUGAUGAUAAUAAAGCUGAGGGUAAUUUGCAAAAAGGAAUAUCACCAAUGCGUCAAGAAAUGGAAUCCACAAUAUUUCAAGAUGAAAGAGAAGAUAUAGGGAAG